AUGAAAAGCAUACCCACUGAAGAAAGAGCCAAAGAAGUGAAAACAUUGAACCUUGAGUGUGAAAAGCUUCCCAGUGAACGUGCUCUAGGAGUAUUCUGGUUCGUAGAAUCCGACUCUCUCGGGUUCAAGAUAUGCGAAAGAAUCCAACGAAAUACAAGAAGGGAAAUCCUGUCAGUUAUUAGCAGUGUGUACGAUCCUCUUGGGUUCGCCGCGCCAUUCAUAUUGACUGCCAAACAACUUCUCCAAAGUCUGUGCAAAAGAGACAUUGGAUGGGAUGAUGAGAUAGACUGUGUGAGCCUAAAGCUGUGGCAAAAGUGGCAAGAGGAUCUGCCUAAUCUCGUAAAGAUUCAGAUACAGCGAUGUUACAAGCCAAAAAACUUUGGCCGGGUAGUGCUGUGUCAACUGCAUAUGUUUACUGAUGCAAGUGACUGUGGUUAUGGUGUGGUAGCCUAUCUCCGUUUGAUGAACGUGGACAAUGAUGUUCACUGUGCUCUAAUUAUGGCCAAGUCAAGAGUGGCUCCGUUGAAAAAAAUAACAAUACCACGUAUGGAACUUACCGCUGCAACUGUUGGCGUUCGACUGUGUAAGGUAAUAACUGAUGAACUUCAAUACAACAUUGAUGAAACCUUCUUUUGGACCGACAGCAUGUCUGUUCUAAGGUACAUUGCCAACAACACUUCAAGGUUCCAAACAUUCGUGGCUAAUCGCGUUGCGCUUAUCAGAGAAGGUACACAGGUGAGACAGUGGAGAUACAUAAAUUCUAAAUGUAAUCCAGCUGAUUGUGCAUCAAGAGGCAUGAGUUUUGACAAGUUCCUGCAGCAUAAACAGUGGUUUGAGGGACCAACUUUCCUAUGGAAGCCACAGAAAGAUUGGCCGCAAGAAAUUGACAUACCAUGCACCAUUCCUAAUGACGAUCCUGAAGUCAAGAAGUCCGUAAACUGCGUACUAACAAAUGGAACCAACAUAAUUGAUAAAGUUAUCAAUUAUUACUCAAGCUGGAGUAAGCUGAAAAGGGCAGUUGGUUGGAUCAUUCUGAUAAUGAACAGACUGCACCAAAAGGCUGUUGAGCGUAAACAGCUCUACACUGAAUUAAAAAUGACCGAGACCAAUCCUGUUCUCAGGUGUAAUCUUGUUCAAAAGAAAUUGGAAACAACCAAGAUCCCAGAUGAUGUGAGUUGUGAAAAUGUGUUGACAACAGAUACACUUGAGAAGGCUGAAAUGGCUCUGAUUCAACAUGUUCAAGCUCAGCACUUUCACAAAGAGCUAAGAGCUAUGACAGAUAAAGAAUCUAAGAAAGAUUUAAACAAGGGAGUUGGGGAAAAUAGUCCUUUGUAUAAGCUAGAUCCCUUUCUAAGUGACGGUGUUAUUCGAGUGGGAGGACGUCUUGAAAGGGCUCAAAUUCAAUAUGAUAUGAAACAUCCCGUUGUGUUACCCAAGAACUGUGUUGUGUCAAAGUUGAUCUUAGAAGAGAUUCAUAGAUUAGUUGGACAUAUGCUUUCUCUCUUGAGACAAAGGCACUGGAUUCUUGGAGCAAGAACUAGUAUCAAAGGAAUUGUGUCAAAGUGUGUCAUAUGCCGAAAAUAUAAAGCCCCACCAGGUGAACAGAAAAUGGCAGACCUUCCCGAAGAGCGUCUGAAACCAGACUUGCCACCUUUCUCGCAUGUCGGCAUGGACUAUUUCGGACCAUUUCAAGUGAAACGUGGACGUAGCUGUGUUAAAAGAUAUGGAGUUAUAUUCACAUGUUUAAAUAUUCGUGCUGUCCAUCUUGAAGUUGCAAGUAGCUUGGAUACCGAUUCGUGCAUUAACGCUAUAAGAAGGUUCAUCGCUAGGCGCGGAUCGCCUAAACUCAUCAGAUCAGAUAAUGGUACCAACCUAGUUGGAAGUGAGAGAGAAUUCCGAGAAGAACUUUCCAAUCUAAACCAGACAAAGCUGCAUUCAUCACUUCUUAAAAAGGGAAUUGAUUGGUACUUCAAUACCCCUGCGGCGUCUCACCAUGGUGGUGUUUGGGAACGCAUGAUUCGUUCUGUGAGAAAAAUUCUUUAUUCGAUCAUGCAAGAGCAAACCGUGAAAUUAGAUGAUGAAUGUCUUUAUACCCUCCUUUGUGAAGUCGAGGCAAUUUUAAAUGGCAGGCCUAUCACAGACGUGCCAUGUGACCCGCAUGACCUGUCACCACUCACUCCUAAUCACCUCUUCUUGCUGCGGUCUGGUGACAAGAUGCCUCCGGGAGUGUUCAACAAAGCUGAUACAUACUGUCGACGGUGGUGGCGUCAAGUCCAAUACUUGGCGGAUGUAUUUUGGAAACGAUGGAUUAGGGAGUAUCUACCCCUACUGCAAGAUAGACAAAAGUGGUUGACUAGAAAAAGAAAUCUUGCUGUUGGAGACAUUGUGCUUGUGAUGGACAGUUCACCAAGGAAUGCCUGGUCACUCGGCCGGAUUACUGAAGUUGUUAUCGACAAGAAAGGACUUGUGCGAACAGUGAAACUGAAAACGGCUUCUUCUGAACUUGUCCGUCCCAUCGACAAACUUUGUGUCAUAGUAUCUCAGUAA